UUGAACUGGCUUCAGUAUCAAUCAGGUGUCUGUGAUCCAGCACAAGCAUCGAAGCCCCAGUCGCACGCCACCAGCUCGCUGCGAUGCUGUCUAGGGAAUUUGACAGGAGGCCAUCCGCCACUGUCGCCGUUGCCGCCGCCGCCGCUGCCGUAGGGGCGGUCGCUGCCCUGUGGGCGCUGAUUCGAUCCAAGCCGUUGGAUGGAGAGGGUCGUGGCGAUCGCACGGCUGCAGCGGAUGGCGACGAUGACGUGGAGGGAGGGGCUUAUAACGCGACGGCUCGAAGGGCGUGGACUAUAGCGGGGCUGCAGAACCCGUCGAACCUGUGCUACAUGAACGCGAUCCUGCAGGUGCACCCGCUAAGGGAGGAGGGAUGCGCAUUGCGAAGAGGGAAGUACGUGGGUGCGUGGUGGGCAUGAUGUGGAAUGAGUUGCAGUCGUGGCAUGGCAUGGCAUGGCACGUCAUGGCAUGGACAUGGCGUGGUAGGCGAUGCGGCACAGCAGUGGCGUGGCGCUCGCUAGCCAGCAGUGCAGCAGUGCGUGCCUUCCUGCGCACGGCGCUCACUCUAGCACCGCACCGCGACCACCCCGCAGCUCCUGCUCUCCCCGCCACCGCCUCUGCCUUGGACCUGCCUCUCGCCACUGCCCUUGCCUCGCUGCUCCAAGAGCUUUCUGAGCCAAUCACAGAGCGCCAGGUGGCUAGCUCGCGUGCUUUUCUCCGCGCUCUCUCGCCCCAUGACUCCCGCUUCAACUUCCACCACCAGCAGGACUGCAUGGAGCUGCUCUCGCUCCUCGCCAUGGCCCUCGCCACCGACCUCGCCCCCCUGCGCCGCCACCUGCGCCUCUCCUGCGCUGCACACCUGCCUGGCCUGCGCGCCGUGCUGGGGGACCAGGGGCCCACGGCAGGGGCGCACCCAGAGGACGCAGGUGGGGGGCGCUGGCGCGUGCAUGGCGUGUGGAGGGGCACGGUUGGAGGGGCAGGGAGCAGUGGCGGAGAGGGGGCAGGCGGGGUUGGGCGAAGGGGGGGAGAGGAGCAAGGGGAGAGUGUGGGCAGGGGGAUGGGUGGAGAGGAGGGAGGAAGGGAGGGUGGGAGGUGCAUGGGUGAACGUUGCUUGCAGCAGCCGGCACCCAGUGCAUGUGUGGCAUGCGCGCAGGGUGGCUGCACGUGGUCAGAGCAGCCAGUGGAGCAGGCAGGCAUGGCAGGCAGGGGGGGCGAGGCAGGCGUGGGUGAGGGCUGGCAGCAGAGCAGUUUGCGUGUGGGUGCAGUGGUGCAGCAAGGCAGGGCAGGGGACAGCAGUGCUGCAGCAGCAGACGGGCCGGAGUGGGUGCAACGAGGGCAUCAACACCCGCUGUGCUCCUGUCAACACAACCUUAAUGACCCUUGCUCCUCCUCCCAUCCCUCCUCCCAUCCCUCCUCCCAUCCCUCCUCCUCCCAUCCCUCCUCCCAUCCCUCCUCCUCCCAUCCCUCCUCCCAUCCCUCCUCCCAUCCCUCCUCCCAUCCCUCCUCCCAUCCCUCCUCCCAUCACUCCUCUCAUGCCUCCGCUCACCAGCAUGCAUGUGCCCUGCCUCCGGGCGAGGUGCCGUGGCAGGCGGUGCUGCAGUGGCCGCUCUCCGGCACGGCGGUCAGCCUGCUCGCCUGCCUCGCCUGUGGCUACCAGUUUGCCUGCACCGUGCAGCCAUGCACCGACAUCUCGCUGCCACUCCCCCUGGGCUCCCUGCGCGCCACGACUCUCACCUCCCUGCUCCAAAACUACACCGCACCAGAGCAGGUGUCUGACGUGGCAUGCCCCAGAUGCUGCCAUGUGGCAGCUGCGGGGAUGGUGAGGUCUGCGAUGGCAGUGCAGAAGCUGAGGCCUCGAGGUGGGCGAGGGUAUGAGGGAACGCGCCACAAUGCUCCUCAUGCUCACGCUGCUAGGGCUCCUCAUGCUGCGCAUGCUGGUUCUGCUGCUGUUGCCGAUGCCAAUGGUGAUGCAGUGUUGGGCGUUCAGUCAGAGGGACACCCCCAGGCAGACAGCGAGGGGCAUGGCCAUCCCCAUGGCGUGGACAGCAGCCAGUCAAGCGCCCAAGCACAUACAGGGCCACUCCCCUUCAACCCGCCUGAACUGCCCUCAUCCUCUCCCUGUGUGGCAUCAGCUGCACAAGACAGUGGGGCAGCAGCGCACAGCGAUGGGAGGGAGGAAGAGUCGAGCAGGCGGGCGAGGUGGCAGCACGAAGAACUGGAGGCGCUCCUCUCAGCACUCCUUGCGUGCGCCACCCCUGACAGCGCUGCCUGUCGCUGCGCCGCUCGUCUGCGCGCGCUGCUGCCCGCCCUCGCAUGGCCCUCGGUGCACCGCCCCGCGCUCAAGCGCCUGCUGCUGGCGCGCCUGCCGAAGGUGGCGUGUAUUCAGCUGCAGCGAGUGGCGUUCUCCCCCUGGGGUGCGCUGCACAAGGCGCAAGAUCACAUCCCGUUCCCCCUUCUCCUCGACCUCUCUCCAUUCUCCCUCCUAGCAUACACCUCCUUCUCCGCCCCUCACCCAAAGCCGCCCCUCUCCUCCCAUCCUCCUUCUGCAGCGCCCCUUACUCCAGCUCUGCCCCUUGCCCACCCUGUCCCACCAGACCCCUUGUUGUUUUCGUCCCUGCCUCUCACCUUCCAACCAUCGCUCCUGUCCGUCGUGCUACCCACCAAGGUCGCUUGUUCCCCCUCAUCCUUCUCGCCCUCCUCACCGCACCUCCUCCCACCACAAGGCACGCAAGCCCCUCGCGUUCCCGCUCUGCACUUCCCCUUCCUCUGGGCCACAUGCCCACCUUCCACAUGCCAUGCCAUCACAUCUCCUCCUCCUCCUGCACCUGCUGCCCCAGCUCAGCACACUGCACAAGGCAGCGUAAUUGCCAUGCCAUGCACUCGCCCUGCCACGCCUGCCACAGUCAGUGCCAGCGCUGCUGCCACCAGCGCUGCUGCCACCAGCGCGUGCAGAUUACCCUCAGGCACGCCAACGACUAGUGCUGUUGUGGGGAGCGAGGGCGCUGUCGUGGGUAGUAGUGUGCACGGCGAGCCGCCUGCGCCUCAGCAGCACGAGGCAGCUGCCACUGCACAGGCAGCACAUCACCAAGCCUCGCCUGAUAGCGUACCCCACUUACACAGCUCAGUGUCGUCAGAUUGUGCUGUCACCUCACAUGCAGGGCUGUCACAGGGCAGCGCGCAUGAGCUGCAGGGCCGUGCUGACAUGCGCGGGAAGCAGUCAUGCCAUGCCACAGAAACGAUUAGCAACCCUGGCAACAGAAUUAUCAGCGCCAGCAGCAGCAGUAACAGCAGUAACAGCAAAAGCAGUUACAGCGGUAACAGCAGCAGCAGCUCCAGCAGCAGCAACAACAACAGCAGUAACAGCAGCCACGCGGAUCCGGAGAGUUUUGACUUGCCUCAAACGAUCAAGGCCGUGAGUGGAGCUGUGGAGAGCAGUAUGGAGGGGGGCCCACCUUAUUCGGGGCAGCCCCAGUCAACGCCAUGUGCUUCUUGGGGGACUCCCCUCAUGGCCUCCACACAGCUGCGCUCCUCCCUCUUCUCACCUGCCCCUCCUGCCUCUGUGUCCGCACGCCCCUCUGCGCACCCAUCAUGGGGGGCCGUGGCGGCUGGUUGUGCAGGGGGGUGCUGGUACCGCCUGGUGGCUGUGGUGGUGCACCACGGGGGGGCGCACAGCGGCCACUACUCAGCAUUCCGGCGAGUGGAGAGGGGGGAACAUGGCAGGGCGGAGGACAGUGGUGAUGGUGGACGCAGCAGGAGGGCAGAUGGUAGCGGGAAGGAGGUCGGUGCGAGGGGAGAAGGGGAUGUGCGGUGGUUCAGUGUGUCGGACGAGCAUGUAAGGGAGGUGGCCCAGGUGGACGUGCUGUGUGCAGAGGCCAGCAUUCUGCUGUAUGAGGCCGUGCCGGCAAGGCAGGGCAUGAGGUAACAACAGAUCUCCCACGGCACAAGCGAGUCUUGUUCAUUCCAUUCCAGACUGUGGUGCUGUUAAGGGAGAAAGCAAUUCCUACUACCGUAUUCCCCCGUAUAAAACACCCGCCGGAAUUAAGCUCCCCCGGGUAGCUUGAGCGGGUAUGGGUGCUUAUUUUUUUUCUGGAUAUACACAACACCCUACUCUCGGACGUGAAAACUUUUGAACACCCCCCUGCCACCUAGAAUCUCCAUUUUUAGCAGGAAACACCAGAAUUUUGCAGUGUGUAGAUGUGUGCUGCCAUUCAUUUUUUCCACUACUGCUAGGGUAACCGUAUGUGUCAAACAUAACUUAUGCAGUUACAGUAGACCA